CCAAUUUCCAGAAAGUUCGCCGAGACUCAUCAUUAACCGCGCCGGGUUUUUCGGUCCAUUUCCUCCUUCUCUGUCCGGAGUAACUCCACAUUCCCUCCUUGGAUCCCGUGAUUGUCACUGGCCCGUAUCCCGGAUAAUUAGACGCUCCACCCUCGCCGCCCAUUAUACCCGAGACUCGCCCGGGAAGACUCUCCAACCUUACCCCAAAUUUUCCCGACACCCCCGCUGUCGUCAUGUCGUCAGGAUUCGUAUCAGCCGGAACCACCGAUCAGCCGAUCGAGCGGGACGACGAAUGGCUCAAAGUGCAACAGGAGCUGGAGGAGGAGCGGCGAAAGAAGGCCGAGAUUGGCAAGCAGAAUGAUGGCAAGAGUCUAUUCGAGGUUCUCCAGCAGAACAAAAUGGCAAAGCAAGAACAAUUCGAAGAGAAAAUACGGCUAAAGAACCAAUUCCGGUCUCUGGACGAGGACGAGGUGGAAUUCUUGGAUUCUGUGCUUGAGUCAACGCGCGCACAAGAGGCUGCUGUGAAGAAAGACACGGCCGACCAGCUCGAGGCAUUUCGCAAACAACGGGAAGAGGCUGAGAAGACUGCCCUAGGGCCCACGUCGUCAGAAGUCACACCUGCGGAGGAAGAGGAGUGGACAGUCCCGGCGCGCAAGAGGCGACGCGAAAAGAAGGAUUUAUUGCUCCCUGGAAAGAAGCGGAAGGAAUCUACAGAAGGCAUCGAGGCUACAAAAGAGCAGGAGACGAAGAAGCCUAUUCAAGGUACGGCGCCGGUUACGAAAGCUCAACAAAAGUCCGCAUCGCCAGAUGCACAGAUCUCCAAGGCACCCGCGCCCAGUAUCGCCAAGACUGCGUCUGCAGGUACGGACAAGUCAAAUACAGAGAAGGUUCAGCCAGCCAAGCCAGCAUCCCUGGGACUGGUCGGAUAUGGAUCUGAUUCGGAUUCCGAAUAAAUUAAUCUUAGCCAACAAUCAAA